AAACUCUAAACAUAGAAAGGCGAAGUAAAGCCAAGUGAAGUAAAAUGUAAAACAAUUUUUUAAACGUAAAGGGGAAAAAUAUAUAGAUAAAACUCUGGCGCAUAUGCAGGAAGGAACACUCAAAUAAUGAAUUAUCAAUAACACACAACAACAUUUUCUGUUGGACGGGGGGAAACAAUUCCUACUCAAAUGACGUAAUAUAUUUUCCGAAAAAUGCCAUGUGAUAAGUGUGAGAAGAAGCUGAAAAAGCUGCCAACCCCGGACGUAAAGAACAGCUCAAGCAGGUCUUAUGGAGGGAACAAACUGCUGGAGUACAAAAACAACAAGCAAAAGUUUAACCCCAACAAGAGCAAGUGCAAAAAGUGCAACAGCCAACUGCACUUUGACGGAAAAUACUGCUCCACAUGUGCCUACAAAUUGGGCAAAUGCCACUUGUGCGGAAAAACCAUAUCGGACAACUCGGCCCACAAUAUGUCCAUCAUCUAGGUCGACCUGGCACAUGAGAAAACCAAGCUGGAAAAACGUCAACACAAGAAUAUAAAAAUAGAAGCAACCCUGGGGGGAAGGAAAAAUUAGGAGUAGUUACCCCCAUGAUGGGUUCUAAACUACACAAUAUGUGCAACAGAAAUUUUUUCCCUCCCCCAUAAAAUGACCACACCUGAAAUGUACAUGUAUAUUAUAUGUGAGAAAUUGCUUCGACGGAGAUAAUACAUUCAAUUUACCCCUCCUUCUUGCAUUUACUCUCCCUUUUUUUUUUUUAUGUAAGAUCCUUUUUUUUUUUCUAUUACUUUUUCGUGUUACCGACCCCACAAACCACUUUAAAUGAUAAGCUAUUGCAUGGUCUCCAUCUGGCAUGCCAUUGUGAACAGAUCAGCUUUAA